AUGAAUGCACUCCAUCCGCUUGACCUUCCCACAGAGCCCCUCCAGGAGUAUCCCGAGGAGGAGAAGGCCUUCAUCAUACCCACCGAAAAGCUUUCAGUCAUUUCUAGCGCCUCUAUCCCAGUGGACCCCGUCGAGCACGGCCUCCGUGUGCUGUACCGCUGCCUGCUCUCGACACCCUUCUUCGCGGUGGUGCAGCAGACGUUCUUCCGGGGCAAUGUCACCUGCGCGGACGUGAUGCUGGAGACAGACAGGUCGAAGAUACGGAAGGUGGAAGUGGCGGAUUUGAGGGCCUUCGUCCGGAAGUACCUCGACCCUCUCAGGAGCUUCCACUUCGGCUGUGAGUACAACCAUCCCAUCCACCGGGAGCGGAUCAUGACCCACGGCUUCGCGCCCGCCUUCCGCGUGCUGAGCCUGGAUAUCGACUCGGCGAUGAGCGUGGAGCCCUUCUGGAAGCAGCAGGCGUUCAUGACCUGCCUCCUCGCGAACGCGGUGCUGCGGCGCUUCAUGCCCGCGGAGGCGACCGAGCGCCACGUGCUGGUGUGCUUCACCGGGGGAGGGUGGCAUGUCUACUUCGCCUGCGCAAGGCUGGCAAAGAGUCAGGCGCGGUGGGCGAUCGUCGAGAACAUCUCCCGCGCCUCGCUGUUUGCGACGGAGCGGGGUGGGGGCAGCAACCCGCGCUUCCGCCGUGACAGGGAGGGAUUCCUGCAGCUUCCGUUCGGCUGUGAGUGGGUGGACGGGGACCUGUUGCAUAGGCGGGUGGACGAAGCCCCUGAUGUCGUCUGGAAAUCGCGGGAGGAUAUCGCCUUGCUAGUGGAUAACUUGGGCUACUUCCUGCGGGACACGCAGGGGAGGCAUCGGGAGUGGCUGGGGGAGAAGGGUCCCAUCGUCUCCGUCCUCCGAAGCGUGCGCCACAUCCCCCAUACACUGGAUGUCAAGGAGAGAUUGGAUGGCCUUGUGCGGGAGGUGCGGGAGGGAAGGGUGAGGCUGUUGGGCCCGCUGUUCUCGUCGCUAUCCCGCAUCUCGCAGUUCGAGAACAUGCAGGCGAGGAGGAGUUGCGUCGCCGACGCGGCUUGGCUCAAGGGUGCGGUGAUGUACGCCUGCAUCAGCCAUGAUUGCUUCGUGAGCGGCUACCACGUCGACCAGAACUGCGGCCAGAUGCAGCAGAUGCUCCGCGGCCCUCUCUCCGCCAAAGUGAGGGCCUCGGGGGGCUGCUUCCUGUCCUACCCCAUCGGGAAUCUGUCGGAAGUGCUCCAGGCGACCUAUAGAGAGGCCGUCGUGCGCGUCACCGACCUGUCCGAUACCUACGACAUCGAGAAGCAGCCGGUGCUGAAGAAGGGCCUCGCCAGCGUUGGCAAGGCGGGUGUGUUGGGCAAGCUGGACCUCGAGAAUGUGAAUGUGAUUGUCAAAGAAUUUGACCCUUAUGUUGCACGGGAUGCGGUCUUCGUAAUUCAUCUUGAAGUGCUCAGAUUUCCACUCGUAGCGAAAGUGCAAUUCGCCUUUGUCGUUCAUCUUGGGUGUGAGCGGGACUUCGGUUCUCUUACGCUUGCCAUAACCUCCCCAGGUAUGUCGUGGAACAGCCUGGAGGAGUUCAUCAGCUUCUUCAUCGCUAGCCAGGAGUGCGCGCCGCUGCCAGUCCUGACGCUGCACGAGGAGAGCGGGGAGGAUCGCGUGACGAACGGCUUCGAUCUGCUGUUUGAGAUGAUCCGCCAGUCGAUCUACAGCUCGGCGGCGUUCAGCGACGAGGAGAGGGAUGCCAUGAAGAGGAAGAAACUGGACCUACUACGAAGGCUCAGGGCUGCGCUGAAGGACAUCGACACGGGUUGCUCCCCCGAGCUCCCGCCCUGGGAGUGGACGGAUGCCUCCAAGGAGCGGGUGUACCAGGAGAUGUGCCGGUAUCUCCGCGACCUUGCCAAGGUGUACGCGAUGCACGAGGAGAUCGACCUGCGCUUUGCCCCCAUGGCCGACAUCCACCCUUCCCACCCCGUCAACACCGCCGCCGCCGACCACUUCCUCGCGCUGUGCCGGCUGACCAAGAUGGACAGCCCCGACUGGGCCUCUGGAGCUCCAGAUGAGUUUAGGAAGCACCUGGAUGUUGGCUUAGAAGACCUUGCCCGCCGUCCCUACUGGCUCAACGUUUGUAUACACGCCUACAAGAUCCGCCUGGAAGAGGCGGGGCUGGUUUGA